CUUUUAUUCCUCUACCCAGUAUCUAUCUAAUAUCUAAAUAUUUAGUCCUGAGCCAGUAGCGUACCCGCUUUUAGCGACGUUGAAGCUGAAGGGAAGCGACGCUAAUCUGGGGAAUGUACUCCAAGGUCGCACUUCCAUGUACUUGCAUAAAAAGACCCCACCAAAAAUUUCUAUCAGGUAAACGCACAUGCAUCCAAGCUUCAUCGCAAGCUCAUUCCACAUCCAAGCACAGCUCUUACUUCUUUCGCGCGCGUAUACCCCAGAAAAACAGAAAUCGGAAAGCACAAGAGGAUAAGCAGGAAAGGAAAGGACGUCACAUCGAAGAAAAGGCGGGAAUAUUAGGAAGAUAGGAAAACAGGAAACAAUGCCCCUCGACACAUCGACCUACGACCUAGCGCUCCUGCGCAUCGACGGGCGGCGCUGGAACGAGCUGCGGCAGCUGCGCGCGCAGAUCCGCACCCAGGCCGCCGCCGACGGGUCCGCCUACUUCGAGCUCGGCAACACGAAGGUCAUGUGCGUGGUCUCGGGCCCGAGCGAGGAGGGUAAGAGGCGCGGCGCCACCUCUGCUUCCGGAGCCGGGGGAGGUGCCGGAGGUGCCGGAGGAGCUGGGAGUAUGGGGUCGGGAGGAGGAGGAGGAGGGGGUGGGAAUGCGGCGGAUAUUCUGGUUAGUGUUGUGGUGGGCGGGUUUAGUACCGUGGAUCGGAAGAAGAGGGCGCGGGGAGACAAACGCAUCCAAGAGCUCCAAACAACCCUCGCCAAAUCCCUCGCCGCAGUCCUGCACACGCACCUCUUCCCCCGCAGCACCAUCUCCCUCUCACUCCACAUCCUCUCGCAAGACGGCUCCUUACUCGCCAGCCUAAUCAACGCCGCCACUCUCGCGCUCGUCGACGCGGGGGUACCGAUGACAGACUACCUAGUCGCGUGCAGCGCGGGCAGCACAUCAAGCCACGCGGCGGGCGACGAGCGCGCGGACCCUUUGAUGGACCUGAACGCGCAGGAGGAGCAGGAGCUGCCGUUCCUGACGGUGGGGACUUUGGGCGGCACCGACAAGGUCGCCGUCCUGGUGUGCGAGAGCCGCGUCCAGGUCAGUCGGCUCGAGGGGAUGAUGGUCACGGCCGCGGACGGGUGUCGGAAUAUUCGCGAGUACCUGGACUCUGUGGUGAGGGAGAAGGGAAGGAAGAUGGUGGCUGAGGGGGCGGUGGAGAAGGGUGUUAGUAUGGCUAUGGAUAUCGAUGUCUAGGUCUAGAUCUUCAAGCAGAGGUUGGACCUGAAAAAAAAAAGGCCAAAAGGGCAGAGGAGUUAUGGUUGAAAUGGUUUUAGGCAUAGCAUCUGGCAGGCGUUACGGUCAAAGACGAAGACUCAUU